CUAAUCGGAAUCGAUCGCCUCACUCUCUGCCCUCUCUUCUCCUUGCUCCUUGCUCCUUCCGACAUCCCCGAUCCCAUGGCCUCCACCAGGCCGUCCUCCCAUCGCUACGCCUCCGUCGACUCUCGCUCCUCCUCCGACCCUCCCUCCCCUUCCUCCGACCGCAGGAACCCUACCAAGAACCUCUCCUCCCUGCGACGCCUCGUCGCUAAGUCCAGCGGCCGUCAAGCUGCCUCCGAACCCGUCGCCGCCGCCCCCACGGUGAACAACUCCUCCCGGGCCCUCGUCGAUCCGCGGGAUGCCAAGACCGGGCAUAACUUCGGGAGCAUGGUGAGGAAGCUCAUGGAGAAGCGGUCCAAUCCGAAGCCGGGAUCGGCGGGUCGCGCUGCUUUGGUCGUGCCAUCUGAUCCGAUAGCGGAGGACCUGAAGAAGGGCGCCAAGGGGUCUCAUUUCUCGGCCUUGUCGAGGAAACUGUUCCAGAAGGGCGGAACGGCAGAGCGGACGACGGUGAAGGCGCUGAUGGAGACCAAAACGAACGCUCGGACGCUGGCGAUGGUGCUUCGUAGCGAGAGGGAGCUUCUCACUCAAAAUAAGGAGUACGAGGCAGAGAUUUCAGAGCUGCGGUUGCUGAUCGAGGAGAAGAAUCAAAAAAUUGAAAAAUUGAAGGAUCUAUGUCUGAAGCAGAGAGAGGAGAUAAAAGCACUGAAGGAUGCCAUACUAUUUCCGGACGUUAUGAAUUCACAGCUGCAGCAGCUGCUGGAGAAGCAAGGCUUUGAACUGAAACAGGCAAAUCAAGUCAUCCCAACCCUCCAAAAGCAGGUCACUUCUCUCACUGGACAGCUCCAGUGCCUUGCAGAGGAUCUCGCUGAGGUAAAAGCGGAUAAAUAUUCUGCUAUGUCAUUCCUUGACGGACAUAUCAGCUCUCCAACAACACCGGUUCUCGAUCGGGAGGCUGCUAAUCCUUUGGAAUAUAGCUCCGGAGAUCCUUUGGCUUCUGAAUGCGGUAGUCCGGAUGAAAUGUUUCUCAAGGAUUUAAAUCCUUGUUUGACUCCAUGCUUCUCAAAAACCAAGUCCCAGGAAAACAAUGAAUUGGUUUAUGGCUCGCCAAACCAAGACAGAUUAUUUCAACUUAAACCACGAUCGAGCCCGAGUAUGUUAUGUGGUUCGCAUGGUGGAAAAUUGUCGAGGAGUUCAGAACAUCGUCACAGGCCCAGCUUAGGCAGCAACACUGCACAAAAGGUUUACAAGUCAGAUGAGAACAAGCAUCCCACUGUUAAACCAAGAUACCAAACUCAUCUCUGAAUUGGAUGGUUAUCUCCCACUCUCUUGGGUAAUUUUUCUCAGGACUUGUACUUACGAGUUUGAUGCAAUGCUGUUGUACUACUUGUGUAUGUUCGUCUUGACUAUUACUCAAAUUACUGUACUCGUUUUGCUCAUCAUGAGAUUAUACUGUUCGGAAGGUGGGGUGUGACAAGAAUCAGAUCUGCUCCAAACUAAUUCAUAUGUGACAGGAAAAGGUAGGAUGUGAUAGCAGAAUGAUGGAAUCAAAUAGAUCGAUAGUCACCUCACACUAAAGCUUUUCCUGUAGAUCCGAACUGAUCCAUAUGUGCCAGCAAAUGCUUGCGAGUUUGAGUUUGAUUGCGAUCAGAAUCAAAUACCAUUUAGUGUCUUAUAUAUGUGGUCAUCACUUAGAAUAUUACUGUUACUUGUCUCUCUUUUCUUCCAGGAUUCUGCAGUGCCAAAUGCUGAGGAUCAUAAUUACGUAAAGAAAUGACAUAGCCAGAUACACCCAGAAGUCUAAGAUUUUA